GUCUCAAGAUUGCAGACUCUGCUGUGUUCUGUUUCGAACGAGGUGCAGACAUGCGCGUGUAGUUAGCUAUAAUAGUACAAGUGAUCUAAGUCCUCCCUUCGAAUGGUGAACUCCGCGCAGUUCCCCAGGUCUAUAAAGAGACGAAAAACUCCUCUGCUUGUCAUUUUGUUAAUAAGACAUUGCAAUGAUGGGUGAUCUUCAGUGCUCCUCAUCUCAUACAUUUCCUGCGCGAGUGGGUUAGUCUUCCACAUUUUCAAGAAGCAAAAGGAUUUGACAACUUUGGAGAUCGAAGCGACUAUAGCUAUCGGAAAUAUUUUUUCAAUUUAACCGUUAUCUUGCGAUGUCGUAAAAUUCAACCCCAUUUUCCACGCUACAAUUUCGCAACCGCUUCAUUAAGCUGCGAAAAGAAAUAAGAGAGAAGUUCAAAAGGCAGUUUGGUGUCUAGCAAGAAGGUUAUCUCCAUCUGUUUUGGAACCAACUCUUCUCAAUAUACCAGUUUGGAACACUGUGACGAGUUAUUUACUGGCAGCAUUUGAGUCGAUUAAAAAUGGAUCACUGGAUCAAGUUAAGUGGAGAGGUCCCUUGUUUGUCCCUCAUCCCAUUGGGGAGUUUUCACAACAACAAGUACUGCAUGGACCCUGAAUGUUUGAAUAACCUUAAAGAAAUUAACGCCAAAUUAAGUUGUGAGGAACCCAAUACUCGUCCACUUCGACGCGCCAUCGGCUUUUUCAACGUUUUCAACAAGGAUCUCAUUCCCAUCCUACUCAGCAGCAAGAAUCAGCCCACCAUAUUCCGUACAACAAUCAAACUGUUGGCUGAACUUACCACGCCCACAGAGUGUUUAAUAUGCAUAGAUGCAUCCAGCAGCCGGAGCUCGACGUCGCAGCGAAUUGUCAUCCACGAACUAUCCCAGCUUCUCUACAGUAUUAAAGAGGCCUUCUUGGAACCCAGCGCCUUUGAAGUGGUUAUCGAUCAUCUUCACGAGCUCUUAGAGAAGAAAACGACGUUAUCAAGAGAAGACUGCGAAUGUGUACAGCAUUCUUUGUUGUUGGUACGUAACAUCCUGCACGUGCCUCAACGACCCCGAAACACUGUCGUUGAUGUUGAGUCAGCAACUUCGAGUGCAGCUCAGCAACCGAGAGAUGCACAAACUCCGCACCAAGUCCCGGCUCAAUCCAACGGCUCCAAUUGUACGACAGCUGACUGCAACAGCCAAGAAAAUCAAAGGCUUUUGUGGAACCUUUUUUCACAAAGACUCGAUCGACUUCUCAUCAACUUACUUGCUUCCCCCCAAAAGGGCGAUUGGAUAGUCACAAUAACGCAACUGGUUACUCUCUUCUACAAAGAUCGUCAUUUCGAGGACAUGAAAAAACUGAUGGAAACGCAUCCGCCCACGUUCGAGUCGAGUGAUGAGCAUAGCGGCGCAAUCAAUAACACUCCCCCUAUUUACUCCCCAAGCAAGAAUUUCCAGUUCCUGUCUCUGACGUCAAAUUCAACCCCUUCGGGUGAACAGUACGGGCCAGUCGCAAAUUAUGGGUUGCAAGAAGAGACCACCACUGCCAUGACGACAGCAACAAUCGUAUCGCCGGGAGUAACGACUCCAGUGACGGGGAAAUCCGGCAGCAAUAAACGCCGCAUGGUUUCUCCGGAAACGUCGCGUUCCUUCAGCUCGGCCUCCUCACAAUGCAGCCAUCAUUCCGAUACUUCACGUCACUGUAGCCGGUACAGCACAUCGAGCGGUUUUCAUUCGAACGAGUCCGGAAUUCAAUAUGACAAGCGUCGGCUUAAAGAUUCUGAAAAUCGUAAAAAGAAAUCAUUAAAGCGCCGUUGCCAUGGCAACUUCCACAAGUCCUGGGAGAAAACCAACGCAGAUGUUCGUCCGUCUCUGCUUACAAUCGACACAAUGAGUAUGAAAGAGAUUCCGGAAAGGUUUCCGAGAAAAAAGCUACGACUGAUCAACCGGACAACGGAGAAAUACGCCAAAGUGAACGACAAGAACUACACCCCCACGGAAGAAGAUAUUUCUCAUCUUUUGAAAGAUUUCAUCCUCGACUUCCUUCUCAACAGCUACAACACGCUGUUGGGCCAACUGCAUCAGAAACUACUACAAGACAAUCACCCGCGUUUGGACAAGUCUCACUUUCUCUGGCUCAUCUGCUACUUUUUGCCCUUCAUCCCCCAGCUGAAACUGGAAGUGGAGCACUAUCCUGACGUCUUCUCUAUUGAUCUUCUUUGCUACCUGACGUGGGAGGCUGUAUGCCAGACGGAAGAGUUAGAAAUCUAUUCCUUUCAGCCGUCUGUCGACGUCAAGCCGUGCGUGAGGCGUCUGCAUUUGGUCGUGAAGGCGAUCGGUGAAUACUUACAAGCAUUGGCCAAAUAUUCCGAGGCUGAUUCGUCCCAGAUCAAAGGAUUGUCGCUAAAAGGCCACGAAGAAAAGCGGAUUAGCCAACUUUGUCAUUUUCUUCCGGCUAUUCGAGACCUUCGGCAAGUCUUUCUGCUCCAAUUGCGCCACUUCAAUCCCAUGAUUCAGAGUCGGCGUUAUCUUCACGACGUUAUCACAACGAAUCAUAUCUUAUUACUUACGCUGGAAAAGGCCGCCAAGCAGUCGGGAGCGGUGGGCUUUGAUAUGAAUCAACAUUUAUAUCAGUUCUGCUCGAGGGCGAUACUCGAUCGAUACGGCAACGCCCUCGAGGAUUUCAAAACUAAUGGCGCUUUUGUCAACGAUUGCAUCCUGACUAUACUUCAUCAUGUCGGAGGUGAUUUAGGUCGAACUGAGCUCCUGUGUCAGCCGGAUAUCCUGCGUCCUUUUACCAAAAUAUGCGACGAGGAUUUCACCAUGUGUGACGAUUGGACCGAUCUGAUUUCGUACGUUAUUCAGAAAUAUUUACGUCAAGUUCACGUAAGCAGUCGCUUUAAUAAGACGGAUUGGUCUCAAAAGAGCUCAAACGGACUUGACGAUCAAGAGGAUUUAUUUUGUGUAAAAUCGGAGAACUUGGAGCAAACUGAGGAGCAAUUCAAUAAUGUCCUAAGUGAACCUCCUAUUUGCGAUAAAGGCGAUCUUAUAAUUCGAGAAACUCGCACUGAAAUUGAAUCACUCGUUAGUCAGCUUUUGAAUUCCGGAUUCCGGAAACAGCUUGUUUGGAUUCAAUCUUCUUUAUUGACUUCCUGUUCAGCCCGUUUGGGAACUUACUUUGGGCAAGAAUAUCGGCACCCCAUCACUUGUCUAAGUCUUAAAAUGAAUUGCCCCUGUCCGAUUGUUCCGUGGACGGAAGAAGAAGCAUCCGCACUACGUUCAGAACGUUUUCUUUGUCUCUUGGAUCUUCUCAGUCUUCUCCCUUCCACCCCGCUGGCGCUCUAUCCACGUAUACCGCGUGAAUGGUCGGCCAGUACCAUUUACAGUGUCGCCCUCCUUUUUGGUCCCAUUGACCAGCAGACAACCGACUUUGACACGACUCGUUUAAGCAAAAUCGAGUCACCUAUUUCCAAUUUGCAUCAGGUCAAUAUUCCCAUGUACGUGCAGCUUUGCACAGCCAGCAAUGAAUUUCCUAUUUGUAAAAAUUAAAAUUCAUUUUAGAGUCCAUAGUCCAAGUCAGAAUUCAAGUCAAAAUUCCCCCUAAUUCUUGGCUGUAGAAUAGUCUCUCAUUCGCAUUAGAUUGCCCUCGACCAAUACUAUCUCACAUUAAUAUAAAAUAAUCGAUUAACUGUUUUUACAAUUCUGGCUCACAUUGCUUGAAAACAGCAGCAUUUAGAUUGACUGGAUUACUCUCAUUUUUGUUUUGUUUUUAAAUUAUUGCUGGUAGAAUUUUAAUCGUAAAGUAUAAACAACAUGUCGUUGGAAUACUGCUACGUAACGUACAUCUAAAUGUGUGAUUGAUGUAUCGAUGUUGACAGUAUAUUUUGAGAAAAAAGUACGCUUGAGUAGGCUGCGUUAUGAAUAAAUAUUUAAUCACAGAUGAAGACCAUCGUCUUUAUCUAUGAUUUAA